CGUCGUAUCACAGGACUUUUCAUAUUUUGACUGCCAUUUCAUUUCAGUCUUUUGUAUCAGAAGUGUUCGUGUGUCGCCACAAUUGUGCACAGGAGGAGGGUCCUGGUCUGCGGUGGGAAGAGCCACAAUCUAAAAGAGAAAAGUCACUCAAGGACGAAAUAAAACAGGCAAGUUCCACACUUCCGGUUGAACGGAGAUAAACAACGUUCGGCAAGAAAGAAGAAUCUCGGCCUGCUCGUCAUCAUAAUAAUGCUGUUGCGUAAAGUUACGAGUCCUGCGAUCUGCAGCUCCGUCCUCCGUCUGCAGCCGGCUAUUACUGGGGCACAGCGGCAAUCUGGAGCACUUGUGGGAGUUCAGAAUGUUCGUCUUUAUGCGAGCCAAACUGCAGAGGCUGUUCUGGACAAGAAUGUAGUCAGCAGAGACACCACCGCGACUGCUGAGACGGUUGAUAAAGCAGUCGUUAGUGUGGAAUCAAAGUCUUUUGCUGUCAACAUGUUCAAGGGACAAAUCAGCACUUCACAGGUCUUUCCCUAUCCCUCAGUGCUUAAUGAAGAGCAGUCACAGUUCCUCAGGGAGCUGGUUGGACCAUGCAGUAAGUUUUUUGAGGAGGUGAAUGACCCGAUGAAGAAUGAUGCUCUGGAGAAGGUGGAGGAACACACAUUGCAGGGUCUAAAGGAGAUGGGAGCCUUUGGUCUUCAGGUGCCUGCAGAUCUUGGUGGCGUGGGCCUCACCAACACCCAGUAUGCCAGAUUGGUGGAGAUUGUGGGAAUGCAUGAUCUGGGUGUGGGCAUUACGCUCGGAGCCCAUCAGUCCAUUGGCUUCAAGGGCAUCCUGCUUUUUGGUAACCCUCAGCAGAAAGAGAAAUACCUUCCAAAGCUGGCUACUGGAGAGAACAUUGCUGCCUUUUGCCUUACUGAACCUGCAAGUGGUUCUGAUGCAGCCUCCAUUAAAACCACCGCAGUUCGCUCACCCUGCGGCCAGUACUACACCAUGAACGGAAGCAAGAUCUGGAUCAGUAAUGGAGGCACUGCUGAGAUCUUCACUGUGUUUGCCAAAACUCCUGUGAAAGAUGAGAAGACUGGAGAAAUGAAGGAUAAAAUCACAGCGUUCAUCGUGGAGAGGAGCUUUGGAGGAGUCUCCAGUGGUCCUCCUGAGAAAAAGAUGGGCAUUAAAGCGUCCAACACCGCAGAAGUGUAUUUUGAGAAUGUGCGCGUCCCGGCAGACUGUGUGCUGGGAGAAGUUGGAGGUGGAUUCAAAGUGGCGAUGAACAUCCUCAACAAUGGCCGCUUCGGGAUGGCAGCAGCGCUCUCUGGCACCAUGAAGGGUGUUAUUACUAAAGCGGUCGAUCAUGCUGCUAACCGGACCCAGUUUGGCAACAAGAUCCACAAUUAUGGAGCUAUUCAGGAAAAAAUGGCAAGAAUGGCCAUGCUGCAGUAUGUGACAGAGUCAAUGGCCUACAUGGUUAGUGGGAACAUGGACAGUGGAGCCACGGAGUUCCAGAUUGAGGCGGCCAUCAGUAAAAUCUUUGCCUCUGAAGCAGCCUGGUUGGUAACUGACGAAUGCAUCCAGGUUAUGGGAGGAAUGGGAUUCAUGAAGGACGCUGGUGUGGAAAGGGUUUUGAGGGACCUGCGAAUCUUCAGAAUAUUCGAGGGGACCAAUGACAUCCUGCGCCUGUUCGUAGCUCUCAACGGCUUCCAGAAUGCAGGCAAUCAACUGAAGAGUUUGCAGAAAGCGUUAAAAAACCCCCUGGGUAAUGCUGGGAUGUUGGCGGGUGAAAUCACAAAGCGAGCCAAGAGGAGGGCAGGUUUGGGGUCUGGACUCACGCUGCAGGGAACCGUUCAUCCAGAGCUUAACCACAGUGGAGAAUUGACUGUUAAAGCCAUUGAGCAGUUUGGAGCUGUUAUAGAAGAGCUUCUUCUGAAGCAUGGAAAGAAAAUCAUUGAUGAACAAUUUGUUCUGAAGCGAGUUGCUGACUGUGCCAUUGAUCUGUAUGCCAUGGUUGUGGUCUUGUCCAGAGCUUCCCGUUCUCUCAGUCAGGGUCAUUCAUCUGCUCAGCAUGAGAAGAUGCUGUGUGAAACCUGGUGCACUGAGGCCCACGAGAGAGUCAUGCAGGACAUCAAGUUCCUCAGGUCAGGGACGUCCAAGCAGACCUUUAAGAACUUGCGUGCCAUUUCUGCGGCUGUGGUAGAAAACGGAGGGGUCGUUGCUCCUCAUCCCCUGGGCUUUUAAAGCUUCUCAAGCUGUUCUUCCACCCAUCGCCCACUCAUUACCUCUCUCUAACCAGUCAGUCACGCUCAUGCUUUUCUACUGGGACUGUUCAAUGCUGCAAUCCUCAGCGAGUGGGUUCCGUCACAUUGUGUUCUUCAACCAUGGGAGUGCAUUAAUACUUCAUAUUAAAGGAUUGUAAAUUAACGAUUAGGAUUUGUAGAUUUGGGUUUACAAUUAAAGAUUUGAUUUGUGUUCAU